UUAAAGCACUUUAUGAUGAUAAAAGACUGUUACCAGUAUUUUUACACUAACACUGGUUUAACGAACCGUCUCGUGCCGCUACAGUGUGACUUGUUUGAUGAAACACUGACUGUAGCAGUGUGAUGCUAACUUUAGCUGAGCAGCAUAACUAGCACAACAUGGCACGAGUUCCUCCUUCCUCCGGGUCAGUCGUAGUAGCUGACUGGCAUCAAUGUAAAGACAGCAAAGAAUAUUUCAGCAAAAUUCUGCACAAGAAGAGACGCAAAAAAUUCGGCCUCUUGGAGUCCCCGGUGAUGCCCCCACAUGUAGCUGUGGACACAGUUCACUAUAAGAUCUUCCUCUCUGGCAAGAGUGGAGUCGGGAAAACUUCUCUUGCUGCACGUCUUGCAGGCCUGAAUAUUCCUAACUUGCACUAUGAAACCACAGGUAUUGAAACGACGGUGGUGUAUUGGCCGGUGAAGUUGAGAGAGAAUGGUAGAGUGCUUUUCUUCCGUCUGCAGCUGUGGGACUGUGGAGAGAACACUUUGCGUAGAUUUGACCAUUUGCUUCCAGCCUGUAAGGAGCAGGUGGAUUGCGUCCUUUUCCUAUUCUCCUUCACUGACAGAACAUCCUUUGACGAUCUGUCAAAUCAAAUUACUAAAUGGACCGGGACAUCUGUGGGACGUGUUGUGAAAAUGGUGGUUGGCACCAAAUUUGACCUUUUCAUGCACUGUGAUGUGCCGGAGAGAGACGUGAGGGACUUCCAGGAGACGUGGAACUUACGAGUGCUGCGUGUGGGCGGGGAGGUCAGUGACGGGCUGGGUGACGUAGCGCCACUUCUCAACUGCCUGGCGGAGAAUCUGUGGCAUCAGGACUGUGUUACAGCUGGAUCAGCCAGCCAUCGUUCACAGCAGGAGACAGUGACUCUCCUUUAAGGGGACAUAUCGUGACUUCACUUUCUCAGUGCUUGUGCACAUACAUUUGGGUAUCCGGAGUGCCUACCAACCUACAACACAACAAGGUUUCUUGGCUGCCUAUAUCAGACCAGCAAUUCACCUAACCGUUCAGAUUUCACUCCACUCCCAAUGUCACAUGCAGGCUAAUUAGAAUAUACUGCUCUCCAUCUAAGUAUCUCCUGCCAUGGAUUAAGAAGUACUUUUUUCCCCAAAGGUGUGCUAUAUUUUUCUCGCAAGCCAAUUACAGCAGGAUGUUUUUUCAGGAGAGGGGUUUUAAGAAAAUCUGAAAAUUAGCAUAUGAUGUCCCCUUUAAUACUGAACAUGAUUUUUUUCAGUCAGUUGAGUUCAAGUCGACUGUAGGGUCCAGGUAAGGUCACAUCUGGGUGACUGCCUUUGUGGGAUUGCAACAGAUUUUCCGGAUUUGUCAGGAUGAGGACUGAAGCUGCUGUUGAGAUUAAAUGGAUUAUCCUCUAAUGCUGUAAUCCCUGCUGUGUGUUUUAAAAUACCCACCUUAUGUUAGCAGGGUGUUCGAUCAAUAUCAUGAUAUGAGACCAGCUAUUGUCUGGUACUAUUGGUUAAACUAAUGUGAUAAAGCUAGAAUGUGUAAUCAGCUUGCUUUUCCAUAAGGCCUUUUUACAGAUUUCAUGGAUUCCUGUUAAUGUCAUUUAAAAAGCACCAGCACAGUCAAAACAUCAUUGCUGUGAGAUUAUGUAUUAAAUAUUUUGUCAGUAUUUCACAUUGAGAAGAUCAGGGCUGUUUUUGUCAAGGUCACUUGUUAAUAUCUUUUUUCAGUU